GUGCAGACUGCCGAAGAAAAAGAAAAGCAAUGGCCUCCCCAGUUUGGGAGAGAAGUGGCAGUCAGUCGAGCUGAGACUUCACUCGCCAUCUUCACCGCCGUUCAAGCCAGUGUAAUCUCGGUGUGGGCCGUGGGAGGGGCCGUCGCACACGCACCUGCAUCAAAAAGACCCAACUGCAAGAUCCAGGGCCCAAUUAGAGGCACCGCCGUCGGCCGAUUCGCAAAGGUAAUGGGCAGUGCACCGUCCAACUGACCAGAGAAAACGCCGCACAAUGAAGACGCUUGUGGUGCUGAUGUUGUUGGGCCUGGCCGCCGCACUUGGCCCCGUCAACCACCACCUGCAGCAGGAGCUGGACAUGGGCAGUCCUAACAACUUGGCAGCCACCGCCGUGGCCGCAGCAAUGGAGGACAGCGGAAGUGAUUUUGACUUUGAGUCAUCAAGAAUGCCCGAUUCAAAACUGUCCGUGUCUGCGCCAUCGUGGCCCAACGGGGACUUGGAGAGAGUGCAACGCCUGUGGGGCAUUGCCGACACUUCAGCCACUGUGGGCCACCUCUUUUCCUUUUCCGUCCCAGCUGACGCUUUCUCAGGGGAUGUUAGGAGUUAUGAGGCCGUGGUAGACAAGAGUAAGUCACUGCCAAAGUGGUUGCUGUUUCAAGCGACCACAGGCCACUUUGAGGGUGUGCCAGGAGCUUCCGACGUAGGAGAGGUCUAUGUCAGGGUGAUUGCCCGGGGCGAGAACGGCGAGAGUGCCACUGACGUUUUCGCCAUCAACGUAGUGCCCAAGAGCAAUUACCAGAUUCCUGAAUGCGACGUUGGCCAGGACCGGCUACAAAUAUCGGUGCUGGUGGACGCACAACUGAAGAAAAUCAACCCUAAGAGACGGGUUGCUUCAAUCAGAAAUCUCGCAGGCUUCCUUAGUGUGUCACCAGACACAGUGAAAAUGUUGAAUCAGGACUCUGAAAGUGCAGUUUCCCUGCACGACGAAACUGUGGUGGCUGCGGGCCCUGGAAACUCCAAACAUGGCCGCACUACCCUGGAUCCUGCUGUGGUGCUCAAGUUCCCUUCAACCUGCUCCACUCCCGGCCACCCUCUUCUGAUUGAAAGACUUCAGGCUCUGGCCAAAGACGGCACCCUGGCCGAGGUGCUGCAGCUGCCUGUGAUAGGGUGGUUGGCCCAGCAGACCACUCCAAGACUGCUCACUACUAAAGCCCCAAUUAGGGAGCGAAGACAGAUUGAAGGUUCCGGUGGUGGUGAUGACCUGAACACUGAUGAUUAUGAAUAUGUGAGUCGUGAAAGCACUGAAGAUGACGAAGACCUGGGUGAAGAUGUCACCCCUCCCGCUCGUGAGGUUCCUUCAAUGGCUUCGCCCAUUUUCCCAGAACCGACUACUGCCACUACUCCGCAGCUGCAGUCUGAGCAUCCACGUCGCCACCAUCACGGUGAAAAAAUAUCUGAAGAGGACUUUGCUGUCAGCCCAACCAACAGUCCUGCUUUGGUCGCUUCGAUAGUGCCCACGCCAUCGUUAGUGCCCAUCAGGCCGACUCGCUUGUCGGAUCUAGUCACCACCCCUGAGGGCCCUGAAGGUCCCAUCGAGCCAACAAGAGUCGGAGCGGAAGACUUCAUGCCUGUCACUCCUUCGUUCACCCCAAGCCUCACUCCGGAGCCUGACUAUGAAGGUUCAGAAGAGGACGAGACAAGCGAGGACACAAAUGUCUACGGAAGCAGUCCCUCUAGUCCGCGAGUCACGCAACCACUGCCCACUUUCCCUUCGAGCUCGCCUAGCGGGAGCACAAUUGAGUCCAGACCGGUUUCCGCCGAGGAUGAAUUAAGUAGCACCACAGAGAGCACCAACCGAGCAACUACUGAAGAGAUUGAGUUUGGAAUUAAAAACUUUGCUCCCCAAAUCAAACAGCGGCUACCCAAACAGGUUGUGACCGCCGGCAAAGUGUUCAGGUUCACCAUUCCGGAAGACUCAUUCCAAGACUUUGAAGAUGGAAACACAAAGAAGCUGAGGCUUAUUUUCAAGAGUGCUCAGGGAACCGCCUUGUCUUCCAGUUCGUGGAUCCAAUUUGAUACAGCAACUCAGGUAGUUUAUGGCCUGCCCUUGGAGGACCAUGUCAGCAGGUGGAAUUACUACGUUGAGGCGAUGGACAAGGAGGGUAAAACCGUCACCGACACUCUGGAAGUCGUAGUUCAACAACACAAAGCCUCCCGCGCUGUGAACCACGCGUUCUCCCUGCAGCUCAAGAUCGACAGCAAGUUUGACUUCCCUUCUUCCGUCGACUGGCAAAUGAACGUCCUCAGCGGACUGACUAAGUUCUUUGGUGACUCCAACGAAAACCACAUCACCGUCCUUAACGCUACCGCCAGCAUGAGCUCCAGUGACAACAUCCUUUUCUCCUGGACCAACGACUCUCUGCCAAAAGAAGAGUGUCCGACCCACACUCUGAAACAGAUGUACUCAAAAAUGACCAUAAACGAGAAGGGUGACGCUUCGUCUGAUUUGAAGCAGGCCAUCGGCAAGACAUUCACCAUCAAGCACGUCAUGUUUAAGGGUAUUAGCAACUGUGAGUCUUUGGCACUUGGGCCCCAGCUUGCCACACGACAGAAGGAACUUCCCACUGAUGAAGGUGACAGUAACUUUCCUCCGAGCUUGCGAAACCACGUCGAUCAUCUUAACGCUACUGCUGGCGAGCUUCUCGUUUACAGAGUGCCUGAGGACACCUUUUACGAUAAUGAGGAUGGCAGCACAAGGAACAUGAAGCUUAGCCUACUGCUCAUGAGCCGGUCACCAGUCGAGCCUACCAACUGGCUCCAGUUUGACGCUAAAAAUCAAGAGUUCUUUGGCAUUCCAGAGAAGCAUGACAAGGGCACGAGAGAGUAUCAACUGGUGUGUGAAGACAGCAAUGGGCACUCCAUCAAUGAUGGUCUUGAAGUGACAGUGCAUCAAGCGGAGCAAAGGCCUCACCAUGUCGAGUUUAGAAUGACUUUGUCCAAACCGACUCUGUCUGAAGUUGAGAAAAACGCUGCUAACAAGCGCAAACUGGUGGAAAGAAUUGCUGAGCUGUUUGGUGACUCUGACACUAAAAAUGUUAUUCUGGACAAUCUUCGCCAGCCACCCUUCCAGCACCACUCUGGACCUAGUCCCACCAUAGAAGUUCUUUGGUUCAACAAGUCUCUGCCAGUGGACCAUUGCCCAGAAGCUGAAGUCGCGAGUUUGAGACGAAUUAUCAUCUCAGAAGAGGCGCAGGGCCACAGCAACCCGUCUGUGUCCCACACGCAAUUCUCUCCGCGAGUGACGGAGGUUAUGCGCUCUGACUUCAACGUGCUGCGCAUCAUGAUGGUUCCCACCGGCAUCUGCCAGAGCGAGUUCACGUUUGAACACUCGCCCGUGACCCCAGAGCCGCCGCCAGAUGAUGACCUCAACGCUCUGGGCAGCGGAAAGUCUUCCGACGAGUACCUCAUCACCUUCAUCGUGCCAGCCGUGGUGAUCGCGGCGAUGGUGCUGCUGGCCGUGUUGGUCGCCUUCGCCCUCUACCGCAGGAGGAGGAGAGGCAAGUUGGCGGUCGGUGAAAGAGGAGGCCCAGGCACACCUGGCUUCCGCACAAGGGGCAUUCCUGUCAUUUUCCAGGAUGAGCUGGAUGAAAAAGCGGUGGAGCCCGCGGCCAAGAGCCCCGUGAUAAUGAAGGAGGAAAAGCCACCCCUGCCGCCGCCCGAGUACGCGGUGCCCCUGCUGGGUAUGUCCCCGCACGCCACGCCUCAAAUGAUGCAACACAGACAUCCAACCGCUGAGGACCCUCUCCUCUCUGAAGAGCCGGAGGCCUCGCCAUACCAACCACCACCACCAUUCGCAGCCAGCGGCCGUGAGAACGGCCGCCAGAGCAGGCCGAAACCCACCCCGACCUACCGCAAGCCACCCCCUUACGUGCCACCCUAACCAGAGGCGCCCCCAGGACAGGAAUGGCGGGAAGUUUCGGUUUAAUUUCUACAAAAUUUUCGCAGCUUCCGGUUUUUAAACACUUAGUUCGUCCUUUUAUUAUGCUUUUGGUGUUUUUUGAGGUUGAUAGCAGUUUGAAAAUGGUGCUUCUGUUGCCAUAUUUAUGUUGCUCGUCCUGCCAAAUGUUUAGUAUGAGAUGAUUCUCUAUUAAACCAUUUUUUUUUCUUAUUUUCUCCUCCUAGCAUGGAACUGCUGGUCUGAAAUAAGUCAAAUUACUUGGAUUUAUGUUUUAUUUUUUGAUCCUAAAUAGAGGCAAGUUUUAAUAUUAUCUUUUAUCCCGAAUUGACCAUUCCUGUCACUUGAAAGCUUGUAGAACCAAAAAUAAGAUUUCUUCCUAAUUUUGGCAUAUAUAUAUGUAGUAUGUAGAAAAAUAUACAAAUAACACAAUAUUUUGACGUCCACAAAGGCUGAGUGCCGAGCUACAAACUGAUCCGCUUAAAAAAUGAAAUAAUGCUUAACUUGCGCCGAGACGGACGAGAAAUGUAUAGAAAGAACUAAAACACUAUGCGACUAAUUGAGAAUCACAUGCGUUAGUAUUUAAGUUACCAAAACGACGAACUGAGAGACACUGAAACUGCCGAGUGGGUGCGCCGAGUGUGCCGACUGAUGCAGCGAUAUUUAGCCCUAAGUUUUGUCACUUCGCAAUUCAUUCGGAUGCCAUGUGUCAUUAUUGCUUUGCUGCACGCCAAAUCGUAGUCCCAAUCUUUGGAUUUACUGUAUUUUAUCUAUUUUAAUGUACUCUCUCACUUUGAACGUGUUUCAUCUCUCGACAAUAUUGCAAACCUCGUGUCCUGCGAGUCGAACCCUCGGAAGCCACUGACUUAUCAGCGUAUGUGUGUGUUGUGUUCUUUCACGAAGCUAAUUUAGUUUACCUUCGUUUGACUCAUCACUCAAUAUAUAUUUUUCUAUUUAUAAAUUACUAUUUCAUUUUUGUAUAGUGCACUGCUGAUAGCUAUUCGCUUGCCGCGGUGGCUUCUUGGGUGAGGCCGAAUAAAAUCUUAACUGUCUUCGAUUACUGCUUGUUUGUGUGUCAAGUGCAUUAUUUCCUUACGAAAAUAUCUAAAACUACUAUAUCAUCAAAAUGUGUGGAUGCGCGUGUGUUCUCUAUCCUAGAAGCCAUUUACACAGACUGGCGCCAACGUGGGAGAUUGGAUUUAAUAUAUGUAUGUUUGAGUGCGCGCGAGUGAGCAACUGUAGGAGAAAAAAAUAAUCAUUUUGUACUUUAUUAUUGUGGAAAAUGAACUACCAUGUAACAACAAUGAUAAAUAAUUAUAAUGUACUACACACAAAAUGAAACACUAAUAGGCAAAACUGACAAUGAAUAUGAAUAUAAUCUUCACACAAAGUGUUUGCUGCUAUUUAAUUAGCAGUUUUGAGAAACUGGUGCCACACAAGAUCCAUUAUGAAAAAAAUCAAUGAAGUGUACUCUUGCUGAAUGUUACAGUGGCACCGAGAAGUGUAUUUAAUCUGGAGUGGAUGGAUAAUAAAAAAAGCAUAAUAGUGUUCUAGUUUAAAA